ACAUAUUAUCAUGAUGGCUUCAUCCAUUUUAAUUAUAACUUUCAUUUUCUCUAAAUAUGUAACUUAUUAUACCAAUUAUAUAUCACCUCCAUUCACUCACAUGCAUCUGCUCUCACACGCCUAAUCUUCGCGUGCGAACUACCUCCUUUAAACUCCUUAAUACAAAUUUUGCUAAUUUUUUAAGCCUCGUGUUCAUAUACUCGCAGUCUCGCGCCAUUACCAACUUGGGCAGGUUAAUCUGUUCUUUAUAUAUCUGAAAAUUUUAAUUAUACCUUUUAAUAAAAGUAAUGUUUUAUUUCUUAUAAAUUUUUUUUAUGAAUCGUAAAUGGAUAUGCAAAAACAUAAAAUAGUAAAAUAGUUUUGCCUAAAAUACUAAACCGUAAUAUUUUUAUUUUAAUAUAUAUACGGUAUAUAGAUUUGUGAGCAUAACGAAAAACAUCAAUCAAAGCCCCUAAUAUAUUUUUGCUAAUGGUAUUAGCCCGGGAGGUAUUAGCGUAUGGUUCACGCCCUAGAAGAAAAUUUGUGAAAAUGUGUUGGCAGACACUUCUCUCCUUUUCUAGAGAGAGAGUUCUUUCUCGAUCUUUUUCUCUCUUCAAUCCCAAAUUUUUCAGAGAGGUUAGAGUUUGUUUGAGAGUGAGAGAGGUCCCCUUUUUUGUUCUCGGGUUUCAGUUCAUCCGACCGGUUUCUGUUUCCGGCGUUCUCGCUUUUUUUCCGGCGGUGAACAACUGACUUUUGAUUCUGGGAUGCAGUGUCUUCUCCAGUUCCGUGUCGCCGGCUUUUGACUCUGCAUCACGUCUCUUUGGUGUCAGCGGCUUUUCAUCAGGGUUAUCCCGGUUUCGUUUGACCGACGUUUAUGUUCUUUUCCUUCCUAAUCGAUUCUCCUUUCUUGGUCUCGUCUGUCUCUUCCUUCCUCAUCAAGAGCCGAUUCAUCUUCGGGCUUACUCAAAUCGUGAAAGAUGUCUGAUUUGCAUGCAGAAAGAUCGAUGGUUGAGGGACGAUUGAAUCUUUUGGAAACGUUGGUCCGGGAGCGAUUUGACUAACCGCGAAGAAAACUCUGUCUAAGCAUCUUUCUUCAUCGGUUUUGGUUUCACUGACGCCGGAAGUCCGUCGCCUCUCCUUUGCAGCGCUGGUGGAAGAUGAAUGACUCUCGCCUUGACAUGUGUCUCAGGAUGCUGGGCGUUCGUACACACGGUGGGCAAGCUGUCAGUUUCUUUCUCAACGGGUUUCGUUUUAGGCUGAAGGUCUAAAGUGGUUUUGUACCGUAUUACCUGUUUACAGACCUUUUAUCUCUUUGUUAUAUUGGAAUGGGUCAUGUUGGACCUUUUUCCUUUUAUAAAAUAACAGUGGUAAAAAAAAAUUCGUGAAAUUACCUGUUGAGUCCAAAACACACAAAAAGGACAUAAAAUUAUCAAAGAGAUGAAAAUCGGAACUGAAGUCGAUACCAAAAUAAAAUACUUAUCAAAAAGAAAAAAAAAUAUUUAAUUAAUAUAUAUACCUGUAAGAGUUUAUGUUAGACAAGUGACUGCAUUUACACACACGUAUAUGUAUAUAUAUCUAAUCUAUAUGUACGCAAUGAUAAUUUUCUUCUUCUUUAAUGCUAUAUUUUAGUCUCACCUUCUCCUGCUACUUUUUUUUAUCAUUUCUCUUCCCAUUCUCGUCUUCCAAACUUCUUCUCAAUCCUCUCUCAUUAUUUUUCUAGUUUAUUUUUUUCUUGUUCUAAAAGAAAAGUUAUAGAAAAUCUACAAAGAAGAGAAGCUUUAUUUUAAUCUUGUUGUGUGUGUGUGUGUUGGUUGUUUUUAUAUAAUUUUUUUUACAAAUUAAAAUCUCUACUUUGCUUUUGAUGUGGGCAUGGCUGGUCUUGAUCUAGGCACAGCUUUUGGUUACGUUAAUCACCAGCUCCAUCGUCCCGAUCUCCAUCUCCACCACAGUUCCGCAUCAGAUGACGUCACUCCAGGCGCCGGACUUGGUCACUUCACCGUCGACGACGACGACAACAACCAUCAAGGUCUUGACUUAGCCUCUGGUGGAGGAUCAGGAAGCUCUGGAGGUGGAGGAGGUGACGGAGGCGGAGGAGGUAACGUCGUUGGGCGUCGUCCACGUGGAAGACCACCUGGAUCCAAAAACAAACCGAAACCUCCGGUGAUAAUCACGCGCGAGAGCGCAAACACUCUGAGAGCUCAUAUUCUUGAAGUAACAAGCGGCUGCGACGUUUUUGACUGCGUUGCGACUUACGCUCGUCGAAGGCAGCGAGGGAUCUGCGUUCUGAGCGGUAGUGGAACGGUGACCAACGUCACCAUACGUCAGCCAUCUGCGGCUGGAGCGGUCGUGACGCUACAAGGAACGUUCGAGAUUCUUUCGCUCUCCGGAUCGUUUCUUCCUCCUCCGGCUCCUCCUGGAGCUACGAGUUUGACAAUAUUUUUGGCCGGAGGACAAGGACAAGUCGUCGGAGGAAGCGUUGUCGGUGAGCUUACGGCAGCUGGACCGGUGAUUGUAAUCGCUUCUUCGUUUACUAAUGUUGCGUACGAGAGACUUCCAUUAGAAGAAGAUGAGCAGCAACAUCUAGGAGGAGGGGGAGGAUCUAACGGCGGAGGUAAUUUGUUUCCGGAGGUUUCCGCCGGAGGAGGAGGACUUCCCUUCUUUAAUUUACCGAUGAAUAUGCAACCGAAUGUGCAACUGCCGGUGGAAGGUUGGCCGGGGAAUUCAGGUGGAAGAGGUCCUUUCUGAUGUAUAUAUAUUGAGAUAAUCAUUAUAUAUAUACCGGCGGGGGAGCUUUUCCGGCGAAGAAUUUGAGAGACUGAAGAAAGGUUAGAGAAGUUUCUAAUGGACUAAUGAAUUUCACAUUAUAAUCGUUAUUCCAGACAUUAUCUCGUUCAUCAUGUUAUGUUUAGGUUUUCCUUUUUUUUUCUUUUCUUUUUGCGUUUUGUAGAAUUUUAUGUUUUAAUCCUUUGAUUCCUUCUGUGAAACUCUAUUUGUGCUCGUAUGUUUGUUGAGGUGUAGAUUAAAUCCUGGUGCUAUUGUGUGUUUGGCCAUAACAAUGAUUAAGAGCAAACCCAUAUAUAU